UAUCUCACUUAUUUACUGCUGUUAUCAGCUAUAUGUUUCUGUUUUCGAUUUCUAUUUCAUUUCAUUUCUGUCACACUCGCGCCAAAAGAAAAAAAAAGUAGCCUCAUUUGUUGAAAUAACUCCCAAUCAAGUUUUGGAGCUUAUUCAUUUGAGUCGGAUAAUAACUUACAUUGCAAUCCAAUUCCAAUUUGUAAAUGACGUAGGUUUAGGGUUACUUGCUGUCGGCAUUCGGCACGGCUCCGUUUGACAUCGGAUUUAGGGUUUAAUGUGUGUGACUGUUCCGUUUUAAAUGUUAUAAUUUGGGGGAUAAAUAAAUACCUGGGUAUCAAAUCAAUUAUGUGAUUAGUAUUUUAGAUCAGGGGUAAUCAGUUGUGUCGGUUUGUCUCGAAGUUUAGUAUUUUCUCAUCAUUUAGCAACGGUUGUGUUUGGAGUUAUGUUUUUCUUUAAAAACAUUUUUAUAAGGGAAUCAUCAAAAUAAUAUACCAUUAUAAUUACCGGAAAAUUUGAAAAAAGAAAUUUGGGUUAAUCUUGGUUUUGUUUUUGUGUUUAAAAAAAGUUGAAAAACAAAACUUAGCUUAGUCUAUUAGUGCUUUGGGCUGGGUGAAAUUGAGUUGAUGCUUGCUUCUUAUUUUCUCUUGGGAAGCAACUGAUGAAAUUUAAAUGAUCUUGUUUUUCAUUUUUCUUUUCUUUGUCCAAUGCGUCUAAGAAGCUAAUCUGAGCUGUAGAAAACUAGGAACCACUGGUUGAUGCUAGGAAUGAACCGCUGGUCAUUUAUAGAAGCAUAUCUAAUAGCUUGCGAAAAUCAUGUUAAUGCUCUUUGUGUUUGCAAGUUCUUUUGGUGUUCAAUUUUUCUUUCUCCAUUCAUCUGAAAAGGGGGGGAAAAAGGAGAAACGAAAACAUUUUCUUGCUUUUCUAGUACAUUUAGUUUUGUAUUACUUUUUGAUGAUGUCAAUGCAUAUCCAAGAUAGUGGUUGGAUAUCCAUUUCCGAUACAUUGUCCAAAAAAAAAAAAAAAAAGUUCUAUUAUUGUGCAUCAUGCACAUUCUUGCGGGCUGCGUGCAUUUUCCAUAAUAAUCAUCGAAGCUUGAAGAUGAUUUCGGUGCUGUUCAGGCACUGUUAUUGGGUGAUAAGACCUGGGACGUGAAAUAGUCAUGGCUGAGAACACUGAAGUUGAUGAGCGGGUGGAUCUUGAUGAGGACAAUUACAUGGAAGAGAUGGAUGAUGAUGUCGAAGAGCAGCUAGAUGACGAUGGAGAAGAUGAAGGUGGAGAUGGAAAUGUUGAAGAAAACGAAGAUGAAGAAUAUGAUUACUCAAAAACUGGGGUUGGUGAGAAAGAUCAAUCCCCAGAUGCAAAUAGAAGCCACAUUGAUUCUGAACAUGUGGAAGAGGAAGAGAAGCCCAGUUCUUCCAUCAGUGAAGAGGAGAAAGAGAAGCAUGACCAACUUCUUGCCCUUCCUCCUCAUGGUUCUGAAGUUUUUAUUGGUGGACUUCCGAAGGAUGCAUUGGAAGAGGACCUGAGGGAUAUGUGUGAACCAAUAGGUGAAGUUUUUGAGGUGAGGUUAAUGAAAGACAAAGACAGUGGAGAGAGCAAGGGUUUUGCUUUUGUAGCUUUCAGAUCAAAGGAGCUUGCAAAAAAGGCCAUUGAAGAGUUACACAGUAAAGAAUUUAAGGGUAAAGUAUUAAGGUGUUCCCUGUCGGAAAAUAAGAACAGAUUAUUUAUUGGUAAUGUUCCAAAGAGCUGGACUGAGGAUGACUUCAGAAAAGUAAUCGAGGAUGUUGGUCCUGGAGUUGAAAAUAUUGAGCUCAUAAAGGAUCCUCAAAAUCCUUCACGCAACCGUGGUUUUGCAUUUGUUUUGUAUUACAAUAAUGCUUGUGCUGAUUAUUCAAGGCAGAAAAUGACAAGUGCAAACUUUAAGCUGGAUGGCAAUACCCCAACUGUUACUUGGGCUGAUCCAAAGAGUACACCUGAUCACUCUGCAGCAGCUGCGCAGGUGAAGGCACUUUAUGUGAAAAAUAUACCUGAAAACGUUUCUACCGAGCAACUGAAAGAACUAUUCCAGCGGCAUGGGGAAGUGACAAAAGUUGUUAUGCCUCCUGGAAAGUCUGGUAAACGGGAUUUUGGGUUCAUCCAUUAUGCUGAAAGGUCCAGUGCACUAAAGGCUGUCAAAGAAACAGAGAAAUAUGAAAUUGAUGGCCAAUUGUUGGAGGUUGUCCUUGCAAAACCUCAGGCUGAUAAAAAACCUGAAGGGGUUUAUCCCUACAGUGCUGGGGUUCAUUCAACCCAUCUACCUCAUACUGGGUAUGGUGGCUUUGGUGGGAACCCAUAUGGUGCUGUAGGUGGUGGAUUUGGUGUUGCUGGUGGUUUCCAACAGCCCAUGAUAUAUGGUAGGGGGCCAAUGCCAGCAGGGAUGCAUAUGGUGCCAAUGGUCUUACCAGAUGGUCGAAUUGGCUAUGUUCUUCAGCAGCCCGGAGUACAAAUGACACCUCCUCGGCCUCGAAGAGUUGAUAGAAGCAAUGGCCCAGGUGGACGCAGUGGAAGUAGUAGUGGUGAUGAUGGCAACCGUGGCAGAAGAUAUCGACCGUAUUAGUAGGAGAGUGUAGGAACAUGUAGUUUUUCAUGAAAUGGGAGUACAUUGUAGAUGGAUGACUAGUUACGCGCCGCGAAAUAACAAAAUACGUUCCUCCCAAGCUGCCUCUUUCUCUUUUUCCAUGAACUUUCUUUCUCUUCUUCACCACAGCCUCGUAUGAAAGGAGAAUGAAGGAGGAAAAGGAUCUUAAGGAUUCUGGAAAGUAAGCGCCUCUUAACAUAAAUGCGUAGGAGAUGAUUGGUAGUUGAGUAGUUUUUUCAUAUUUGAUUUUGUUUCUUGGUAUUGUUUUAACUUUUAUUGGCACCCAGUUAGCUUGUGUUUUGAGUUGUACAACCUCUA